ACAACUUCCAAAACAGAGUUCUCUGUUCUUAUUCCCAAACCAUUCUCUUCAAACUCUCCUCCUCCUCCUCCCUCAAUCUCUCAUCAUUUCUUCUUCUUUCUUUCUCUAAAUUUCUCUCUCUCUCUCUCUCUCUCUCUCUAUAUAUAUAUAUAUAUAUAUAUAUAUCAUGGGCAACUACAUAUCUUGCACACUAACAGCCCCAACAGGCAAGCACACAAACAGAGCAAUAAAAGUGAUCUUCCCAACAGGCCAAAUCCAACAAUUCUACCAACCCAUCAAAGCAGCAGAACUAAUGUUAGAGACACCGAAUUGCUUCCUCGUUAAUUCUCAGUCCAUUCAAAUGGGUCGGAGAUUUUCGGCUCUGAGUGCCGAUGAAGAUCUGGAGAUGGCUAAUGUUUAUGUGAUGUUUCCCAUGAAGAGAUUGAACUCUGUGGUGAGUGCAGCUGAUAUGGGUGUAUUGUUCAUGGCCGCUAACUCGGCUGCCAAACGGAUUUCCGGUGGGAACUUCAGGAUCUUGCCGGAGGGCGGUGAGCCGCCGGCAAUGACAGUGAAUGAAUCUGCAGGUGUGCCCAAGUUGAAUCUGGAUGAUAUUGAAGAGUACUCGUCGCUGGAGUUCAAGCACAGGUUGUCUAUGUGCAGGUCAAAGAAGCCAUUGUUAGAGACUAUAGCAGAAGAACCAGUUUGUUCGAGAUGAUGAACAAAAUAUAUUUAUUAGUCUAGGUGCCUGCGUGUUUUGGUGGUGGGCGGUGUUUUUUUGUAUACUCGUUUUCUUGCCAAAAAUGGGAGAGGAAGAAUUAAUGUGUCUGUGAAUUUAUUGAACAAUUUCAGAAUUACAAUUAACAAAAUUUGUGUGGUUAA